AUGCAUGUUUAUGUUCACAGCGCCAACCCUUGGCUGGAUGGCCAUGUCCAAGAAUGCAUCAAGCGACAUGUGCCAGAUGCCAUCUGCCAUAAGAACUUCACCGAUAUUCCAGAGGAUGCGGAUACUGUAUACCAGCUUCUUAACGGAUGGGAACUUAACCAUCACUUCGCGGUACUGAACAGAGCUAAAUAUGGACUCCUCAACGCGUACCCCAACAGCGAUGCGUUGGCUCGAAAAGAUCACAUGGCAAGCGUCGUGGAUUACUGGAUCACGAAAAGACCCGAAAGCGUUCUCAAGGGCCAUAGUCCCGCGACUGUGAAAUUGUCUCUCGACUAUAGCGAGUAUGUUGAGGAUGCCCUGGCUGCCGCCGAUGAUUUGACUUUACUGUACUCGCUUGAAGAUAACGAAGCAAAGGACGCGUCGGAACGAGAUUGGUGGAUUUUGAAGCCUGCCAUGAUUGAUUGCGGUCAUGGUAUCCGAAUAUUCAGCACCAUUGAGGAGUUAGCGGGUAACCUCGAACUUGCUGCCGAUAUUUCCGAGGAGGAUGAAGAGAGCGAGGAAGACGCUGAAACGCCGGAUACCAAGUUCGAAAGCGACGAUAGCACUGAGGGUUUCAAGCCAAGUUUGUCGGCACCAGGGCUAGAUUCGCUAGACGCCCUUAUCACAGCCACCGGAAAACUCUCCGUCCAGGGAACGAACAAGAUACAGGAUCUGGUCAUCGACGAAAAUGAGCGCAUUCCAUCUGCACUUCUUCGAGAGUUUGUCGCACAGAAAUACAUCGUCAACAUUCCACCUAUCGAUGGCCGAAAGUGGCAUGUUCGAGCCUACGUCCUCUCCGUCGGCCGUCUAAAAGUACACGUCUUCAACGAAAUGCUCGCUUUACUAGCUCUUGAUGACUACGAGCCUCCGUGGAAGAACCCAAGUCUUAAAUCAUCUUUGACCAACACCGCCCUCCAGGACGAAGAGGAGUUCACCAGCAAAGAAUCCAUGCGAGACUUUUGGAAGAUUGACGAUGAUCUAAUCCCAGGCGAUUGGAAGAAAAGGGUCUUCGACCAAGCUUGUCGAAUAUCAGGAGAGUUACUCCGUGCAGCCGCUCACACAAUGGCUGAUAAGUUCACACCACUGGAUAAGUGCUUUGAGCUCUUCGCCAUUGACUUCCUGAUCGAUUUGAAAGGAACAGCGUGGUUGUUGGAAGUCAAUGAAACGCCGGCGUUCUACGAACAAGGCUACGCGGGCGAACUUGCGCAGCGACUUAUGGAGUCGUUGAUCUGUGUAACGUUGGAGCACAUGGGAAUGGCUGAUAUGCAGAGUGAGAGGAAUGUAGAGGCGAGGGGGAGGAUGGUGGAGGUUUUGGAUGCGACCAAGGAGUUGGCGAAGAGCAAUAUUACGGAGAUUCUGCCGGGUGCUUUAUAG